CGUCACAAGCUAGUAUCACAGCACAGGGGUUAACUUUACUUGAAAAUAUCCGGUUGCCAACUUCCUCAUAAAAUUGUUGCUUUCGACUGUUAGAUCAGUGGCACCUCUCUUAGAACCACAGUUGAGCCUUGACAGCACAACAUCGGAUCAGCACUGCAGUGAUGGCAGGCACUGAAACAGUUAUGUCCCUGCAAGAAUUAAUUGCAUCCUUGGAUCAAACUUGUCUGCCACGGAUUCUACAGGUUUGCUCUGGGGUAUACUUUCAAGGUAGGACUUUUUCAUACUUUCUUUCAUGAACUCCAUGAACUCCUGAUUAACAGUCAGUGGCAGUUUUCUAUAGUCAAUUCUGACAUAUACAAACAGAAAUAGAACAAAAGUCUCAUAAUUAGUAUAGCUAUUACACUCCCCAGCUCCAUUAUUUCCAUCAUUUCUAUACCAUGUGUGAUCAUAAGACAUAUUUUACAGUAAUAAUCAUUGAUGCAAAAAGUAAAUGUAUUGUUCAGAUAUAAUUACCACAUAGGUGUACUGUAAUCAAAUGAAACCAAUUAAAUAAAUGAAUUAACAAUAACGUUUAGCAGGCACUCAUUUGCAUCAAGCUUGUCUUGAGCAUUUGGCCAUAGGUUCUCAUCAACAUUGCAGUAAAUGCCCUCAUUGUUCAUGUACCUGUGGAAACACCUUUAGGUAUUGCGAAUCCAAGCUUGACAUAAAUCUAGACUGAUGUGAAAAGAAGUGGAGAACGCUUAACCAACGUGAGUUGAGGUGCAACCAAAAAAUGAUCAUCGUAGAAAGGAAAAGGUGCAACGCUCGCUCACCAUUAAAAAUGCAAUGUUUUAUUUUAGCAAAGUUAAAAGAUAACAUUUUGGCCUACAAUGGCCUUCUUCCAAACACAUCUUCCAACUUUGCUAAAAUAAAACAUUGAGUUUUUACAGUUAUUUUCAAUCGCUUUGUUGCUAUUUUCACAAGUAUGUGGUGAAUUUUCAAAACUCUUAGUACAAAACUCCAAACUGGUAACAUUUGUAACGCAGCCAGUCUUACAUUCAAAACCUUUCAUUGUGCAUUCAUUUUGUUUGGAAACAUCUUUCACCACACAACCAUUCAUCCAAAAUAUACGUUUACUGUGAAAUAUAAUGAAAACAUUGGUUUAAUCACCAAAAUACAACAUAAUGAUAUAUUCUCAAUUUAGUAGUUUUAACAACCAGUUGAUACAAUAGCAAAAAAUGCAAGAUAAACUAUGUAUACAAAUGUAUGUGGACACCCCUUCAAAUUAGUGGAUUCGGCUAUUUCAGCCACACCCGUUGCUAACAGGUGUAUAAAAUUGAGCACACAGCCAUGCAAUCUCCAUAGACAAACUUUGGCAGAAGAAUGGCCUAACUGAAGAGCUCCGUGACAUUCAACGUGGCACCGUCAUCGGAUGCCACCUUUCCAACAAGUCAGUUAGUCAAAUUUCUGCCCUGCUAGAGCUGCCCCGGUCAACUGUAAGUGCUGUCACUGUGAAGUGGAAACGUCUAGGAGAAACAACAGCUCAGCUGCGAAGUGGUAGGCCACACAAGCUCACAGAACGGGACCACCCAGUGCUGAAGCGUGUAGCGUCUGUCCUCUGACCAUUCUUGAUAAACACGGGAAACUGUUGAGCAUGAAAAACCCAGCAGCAUUGCAGUUCUUGUCACAAACCGGUGUGCCUGGCACCUACUACCAUACCCCGUUCAAAGGCACUUAAAUAUUUUGUCUUGCCCAUUCACCCUCUGAAUGGCACACAUACACAAUCCAUGUCUCAAUUGUCUCAAGGCUUAAAAAUCAUUGUUUAACCUGUCUCCUCCCCUACACCUACACUGACUGAAGUGGAUUUAACAAGUGACAUCAAUAAGGGAUCACAGCUUUUACUUGGAUUCACCUGGUCAGUCUAUGUCAUGUAAAGAGCAGGUGUCCUUAAUGUUUUGUACGCUCAGUGUAUAUCAUACUUUAUAUGUUUAUAUUUUACAAACAUAUAUUUUAAUUCUGUAGUUAUCGAAAUCUGUAUAUAGUAGACAAACCAGUUUAAAAUCUAUAGGUUUACCAAAAGGAUAAGUGAUUAUCUAUUAAAAGCAGUUGGAUUAAGUAAUAGUGAAAGGUAUUUUAACAAAUGAGAAGACUAUCAUAUCAAAAGUAAUGUGAGUAUUGCAUUGUGAAAGGCAAGUACUUUAUACGAACAUGUAUUGCAAUGUGAAACAUGUAUUUCUAAAUGAAACACUGAUUGUAUUUUAGUGAAAAAGUGACUGUAUGAUUUUGUGUGUUGUAAUCAGUCAUUUGGAGCUGUUCUUAGAGUUUUGAAACAACUGCCUUUUUGAUAGUCUGUUUUGAGUUUUGUUCUAAGCGUUGUGAAAAUGUACCACAUAUUUGUGAAAAUUGCACCAAAGCGAUUGAAAAAUACUGUAACAACCUGCUCAUCCCAUUGUAAAUCCUUCUGUACCAUUAACCCUAGAAUCUUCACACUAUUAGACACUUUGAUAGUUGUGGUGUCAGGGAUAUAGGCCGUAGCUGGUUGGCUGUCGGGGGGUGGGUCUUGGGGAUAAGCACGACCGUGGCUUCUUUCCACUGGGAGGGGAAUUCACCUCGUUGGAAUGAUGAGAGGGGGUCAAAUACUUAUUUCCCUCAUUAAAAUGCAAAUCAAUUUAUAACAUUUUUGACAUGCGUUUUCCUGGAUUUUUUUGUUGUUAUUCUGUCUCUCACUGUUCAAAUAAACCUACCAUUAAAAUUAUAGACUGAUCAUUUCUUUGUCAGUGGGCAAACGUACAAAAUCAGCAGGGGAUCAAAUACUUUUUUCCCUCACUGUAUUUAUAUUCCGGACUCUGAAAUUGCUUGUUUUGAUGUCUUCAUUCCUUGUUAUUUUUUUUUACAACUUUUGGAUUAUGUGCAUAUUGUUAUUGUAUUGCUAGAUAUUGCUGCACUGUUGGAGCUAGAAACAUAAGCAUUUCGCUGCACCUGCAAUAACAUAUGCAAAACUGUGUAGGCGACCAAUAAACUUUGAUUUGACUUCUAUUGGACACAACAUAAUCCGAAACACAACCAAAACAAACGGCAAAUGCAUCCAACAAGUUUGUAGUCACAAGCUAGGAAUAUGUGAGCAACAUUUUAAAAAAAUUGACUACUUUAAUACACAUAUAAGUGAAUUUGUCCAAAUACUUAUGACACCUUGAAAUGGGAGGACUAGAUAUAUAAAGUGCUUUCAUUUCUAAACAGUCAAACAGAUAUGUAUGAAAAUAACCUCAAAUAAAAGGUGACAUUCUGUACUGUCACCUCAUGAAACAUUUGAUCUCAAAUCCAAAAUGCUGGAGUAUAGAGCCAAAUGAAAUGUUUUUGCUUCACUGUCCAAAUAAAUACAUAGAGGAGUGUAUGUAAUAUCACAUGUUCAAAGGUUUAUAGAUAAUAAUAUGCUUGGUUAUAUGGAUGGAUGGUCAGUCAAUAGACUACCUUGAAUUGUUGACGCAUACUGCUGACUACAACCAGGAUAAUAUUGAGACAAUAUAUCAAAUAAAUUACCUGCACCCCACAAGAAAAGGCAAUUUAAUGCCAAAUAAGGAAAUGGGGAAAGUCUCAUGAGUGAUGUUCCUGGAUCAGAGAAGUUAAUACUGUGUACUGUAUAUAAAAUAUAUAUUUCCAUCAGUUCAGGCAUGCUUUGUAAUGUGACAUUAUUAUUGAGUAAUUACCUCUGAUUAAAAAAAAAAAUACAAUCAACAAGUACAGUAUGUGCAUGUUGCUGCAAAUAUUGCAGUGUCAUCAGAGCUGAAAUUGUGGUGUGUUGAUGCUUUAUAGGGUCUGUUUAUGAGCUGUCGGGAAGCGAGGUGUGCCUGUCCACGGGGGACCUGGUGAAGGUCAUCAACAUCGAGCUCCUUUCUGUCAGCUGUGAGGACAUCAGCAACAAUGAGCAUUUUGAGCUGCCCCUCAACCAUGCAGGUGAGGCUUAUGGUUUUCAACAAAUGCACUUAGCCAGGGCUAGAAAUAGAAAAAGAAAUGCCUCCGGUCCACCUAGCACAGAUCAUUGACUGGACCAAGAAUGGCAGUUCUAGUAAUUCUAUGUAUGUGAGCCCCCAAUUCUUUAUUAACCAUGGUAAUAUCUUUAACCAAUUCUAAUAAAGUCCCUUAAUCAAUGCUGUGUUAUUCAUGGCCUCAUUGCGGACUCUCCUUCUCAGAUCUGUUCAAGCUGGUUCCAGAGGAGAUGCCAUACAGCACAGUAGAGGAGAUGGUGAGCCUGAGGCCUGUAGGCCUGGACACCUGUCUUCCCUUCACCUUCACCAGCCGAUGUGAGCUGACCUUUGAGAAUUUCACCCUCGGGGCCGGGAGGGCCGUGACCAUGCUGUCCAUCGAGCAACAGGACGGGGGUGAGGAGAGCCGUGUCCGCUGUCAACUCCGAGGCCAGCAGGGGGCGACGGCUGAAGUGCUAGUCCCCUUCUCCUGCCGUGGGGAGUUCUAUAAGUGUGAGAGUGACCAGACCUACACCCUCCAGGAGAUCAUGUCCUCACCCCACCUCUGUAGCCGGCACUUUUGCUUCAGCAAGAAGACCAAGCACGGGGGAUCGCUAGUCUUCAGCCCCAUAUACCAGGUUCAGGCCAUCAUGCACUGUGAGUAGAACCUGGUUCUGAGUCAACCAAUGGCAUACUUCCUUAGCCAAUGAAAAAACACUGAGAUAUCAUGUUAGAAUAUGGACGUGAGAGAAGUGUUGCCAGAGGAGCACAUCAUCAAAGCUAUUGGCCUGCAUUUCUUUUUCACAAAUCAUUACACUACAAGAUUGUACAUUUUGAACAUACAGUGGGGAAAAAAAGUAUUUAGUCAGCCACCAAUUGUGCAAGUUCUCCCACUUAAAAAGAUGAGAGAGGCCUGUAAUUUUCAUCAUAGGUACACGUCAACUAUGACAGACAAAUUGAGAAAAAAUAAUCCAGAAAAUCACAUUGUAGGAUUUUUUAUGAAUUUAUUUGCAAAUUAUGGUGGAAAAUAAGUAUUUGGUCACCUACAAACAAGCAAGAUUUCUGGCUCUCACAGACCUGUAACUUCUUCUUUAAGAGGCUCCUCUGUCCUCCACUCGUUACCUUUAUUAAUGGCACCUGUUUGAACUUGUUAUCAGUAUAAAAGACACCUGUCCACCUGUCCACAGUCACACUCCAAACUCCACUAUGGCCAAGACCAAAGAGCUGUCAAAGGACACCAGAAACAAAAUUGUAGACCUGCACCAGGCUGGGAAGACUGAAUCUGCAAUAGGUAAGCAGCUUGGUUUGAAGAAAUCAACUGUGGGAGCAAUUAUUAGGAAAUGGAAGACAUACAAGACCACUGAUAAUCUCCCUCGAUCUGGGGCUCCACGCAAGAUCUCACCCCGUGGGGUCAAAAUGAUCACAAGAACGGUGAGCAAAAAUCCCAGAACCACACGGGGGGACCUAGUGAAUGACCUGCAGAGAGCUGGGACCAAAGUAACAAAGCCUACCAUCAGUAACACACUACGCCGCCAGGGACUCAAAUCCUGCAGUGCCAGACGUGUCCCCCUGCUUAAGCCAGUACAUGUCCAGGCCCGUCUGAAGUUUGCUAGAGUGCAUUUGGAUGAUCCAGAAGAGGAUUGGGAGAAUGUCAUAUGGUCAGAUGAAACCAAAAUAUAACUUUUUGGUAAAAACUCAACUCGUCGUGUUUGGAGGACAAAGAAUGCUGAGUUGCAUCCAAAGAACACCAUACCUACUGUGAAGCAUGGGGGUGGAAACAUCAUGCUUUGGGGCUGUUUUUCUGCAAAGGGACCAGGACGACUGAUCCGUGUAAAGGAAAGAAUGAAUGGGGCCAUGUAUCGUAAGAUUUUGAGUGAAAACCUCCUUCCAUCAGCAAGGGCAUUGAAGAUGAAACGUGGCUGGGUCUUUCAGCAUGACAAUGAUCCCAAACACACCGCCCGGGCAACGAAAGAGUGGCUUCGUAAGAAGCAUUUCAAGGUCCUGGAGUGGCCUAGCCAGUCUCCAGAUCUCAACCCCAUAGAAAAUCUUUGGAGGGAGUUGAAAGUCCGUGUUGCCCAGCGACAGCCCCAAAACAUCACUGCUCUAGAGGAGAUCUGCAUGGAGGAAUGGGCCAAAAUACCAGCAACAGUGUGUGAAAACCUUGUGAAGAUUACAGAAAACGUUAUACCUGUGUCAUUGCCAAUAAAGGGUAUAUAACAAAGUAUUGAGAAACUUUUGUUAUUGACCAAAUACUUAUUUUCCACCAUAAUUUGCAAAUAAAUUCAUUAAAAAUCCUACAAUGUGAUUUUCUGGAUUUUCUUUUCUCAUUUUGUCUGUCAUAGUUGACGUGUACCUAUGAUGAAAAUUACAGGCCUCUCUCAUCUUUUUAAGUGGGAGAACUUGCACAAUUGGUGGCUGACUAAAUACUUUUUUCCCCCACUGUACAGCUUAGUUUUUCUGUUCUGCUCAACAUCAAGCUUAGUACUUUACUGUGUGGGUCUUCACCCUUUCAACAUAACUUCUCUAAUUUUCUCACAGUGAGGAAGAACAUAGUCAAGUUCCCCUCCAGCUUGGAGGUGGAUGUGGUCGACGUGACGACGCAAUCCCAAGACUUGACAUUUGUGACCCCGCUCACUCUGCCCGAGGUCUUUGCCCAGCCAGAUGAGGCCUUCCCCACCAUGGCUGAAAUACUGGAGCACCAUGAGGGCCAGCCUCUGUUCCACUGUACCUGGCUGGCUGAACUACACAAGGGCCAUCCUCUCGUCCUUCACAAGCGUGGUUCCUCAGCCAUGGUUCUGGUUUCGGGUCUCAAGGGGCGCAAGGCCCGCCAGUACUUCCUAGUGUCUCAGCGCUACGGGGGGCGGCUGCGACGGAGGCCACGGGAGUUUGACUCGGUGUACGAGCUGUACACCGCCUCAACCCGGGCUCCGUUUCUCACGGUCAGGGUGACGCGGCACAGUGAGGAGCUGGAGGAGGAGGGGCUUCCGGCGCUCAGUGUGGGCGAGCAGCUGGAGGUGCUGCGCUGCGAGAAGGUGAAGCUGCCUGGUGGAAGAACCAGCCAGGGGGAGAAGAACCAGACUGUGGAGGUCGUUGUAUGUAGACGUCUCCAAGAAGUGGACGAUGAUGAGGAGGAGGAUGAAGAGGAGGAGGAGGAGAGCGAGGAGGUCCACUUGCCCAUGUAUAUGCAGGGCCACUUUGUGGAGAAGCUCACGGACAAUAAGAAGUACAGCCUGAAGGACUUGGGCAAGGGCUUCGCUCUGCCGUUGGACGUUAAGGUGGUGAGCCGUGACGCAGAGCUGGAGACAGAUCCUCUGGUGGGGUUCUCAUCCCUGAGGCUGGAGGAGUCUACUAUACAGCCCAUGGUACAGGCCAGCCUUCCAGGAAAGCCAGAGAGGUGCUUUGAGAUACCCACUCACUGGCUUAACAUGUCUUUGUCCUUUACUAACGACCCCUUGCCUUUGGCCCAAGAAUAUCACCUGGAGACAGUUACAGAGGUGACGGACUCAUUCUAUUACGAAUUUAGAAAGCUCACCACAUCAGAUGAGCCCCCACCACCACGUCCACCAAAGCCGUCAUCAAGAUCAAAGCCUUCCAAGGCAACCCCUUCACCCUCACAACCAUACGCCCCCUGCCCUCCACCCAAAAGCGGCACCCUUUCCCUGUUGAGUGAUCUAAGUCUUCAUAGCAAAAAGACUCAAAGGCCCCCUGCUCCUCUGCCUCCGGUAAGCUCUUUCUUUCAGACCGUACGUAUUUUCUAGGCAGGAUAUAGCACCGCUCGUCUCCUGUUGUCACUCCUGCCUUGCUGGACUUCCUAAAGUUUACUGUCCAUGCAUUGCUAUGUUACUUUGCCUUGCAUCCCCCUUGCUACUUUGCCUUGCAUUUGAUACACUGCCGAUUUUGCAGGUUUUCCUACAUACAAAGCAUGUAGAGGUCUGUAAUUUCUAUCAUAGGUACACUUCAACUGUGAGAGACGGAAUCUAAAACAAAAAUCCAGAAAAUCACAUUGUAUGAUUUUUAAGUAAUUAAUUUGCAAAUUAAUUACUUAAAAAUCAUACAAUGUGAUUUUCUGGAUUUUUGUUUUAGAUUCCGUCUCUCACAGUUGAAGUGUACCUAUGAUAACAAUUACAGACCUCUACAUGCUUUGUAAGUAAGAAAACCUGCAAAAUCGGCAGUGUAUCAAAUACUUGUUCUCCCCACUGUAUCUCUGUUACUAUAUUGUCUCAUCACUUCACAUGUGAAAAUGUUAUUUGCUGAUGCAGACACCUCAUGCAAAUGUAGUUCCUGUUUUAUCAACAUAGCAUGUACACUUCCUAGAAUAACAGUAGUUUCAUUUUCCUGUUGUCGUGAAGGCUAUCACGGAUGAUGCCCCUCCCCUGAAUCCAAGAAAGCCUAUGACCGGAGUCAAAUCAGGCAAGGCUCAGCCAAACACUUACGUCAAGUCUAUAGGUCACAAGCCCAACAAUAAAGGUACAGUAUGUCCUACAUAGUAAAUGGCUUGUGAGCUAUGACAUCAGGGAAGUCAAAGUCAAAAGGUACCUCAUUCAUCAUCAUUUAGCAGACGCUCUUAUCCAGAGCGACUUACAGAGUGCAUACAUUUUCAUACUAUUGUACCUUUUUAUAGAACAUUUGACUGUUAUCUGUAGUUUUAUUCUUUGUUUAGGUAAACGUUUUUUCACUAGAUGACCAUUCUACACAAAACCUAAAUUGUAUGGUCAGCCUAAAAUUAACUUGUCUUUCAGCAGCGGCGAUAUAUGAAGUGCAAGCAGACACGGACAGCGAACAUGAUUAUGAGCAAGUGGACGACAUGUUGAAAAGAGCACAGGACAGUGUUUUAUUUUACUGAACUAGCCACCACAACAGGAAUAACUAUUUAAAGGUUAACUUUUCAAGUAGCCUAGUCUCGUUGCAUAAAAUAGACUAGACUAUGGGGUGCAAGACAACUGAAUGUCAGAACUAUGCAGACUGAUAGCCAGCCACUGUAAAUGUGAAUACUUUUGAGAUGGGACUGUGCAAAAACAGGGCACGUCUUAUUGGACCCGCAUUUUGUUACUUGGUUUUCAUUUUCUCUACAUGUUGCUGCAGUCACAAGCAACACUUGCCAAUCGAUUAUCCCAAAUGCGUAUCAUAAUAAAAGCCCAUUGGUGUUUAAGGUCCAGUUAUAUUUCAUAAUUUAGCAGUGUAUUUUGUAACUAACUUUUUCUCCCUAUUUUAAAACUCAAUGAUGCUAGUCUGGCAGUGUCAGUGACAUUUACGUCAUUUAG